AUGCUGUCGCAAACCGUGAGCCGGAUAGGCCUGGGGCUGCCUCAGCUGCGCCAAUGCAGCAUCCUACCCGGGCGGGCCGUCUCGAGCACGCCUCGGCGUGUGGCCCUCCCGCAGCCGCCGUACCCUGUGCCCUUCUGCCGCCUGCCCGCCGCUCGCCGUCUAUAUAGCUCCGGCCAGCCGUCUCCUCCUCCUCCGCUGCCGCCCACCAAACCGCCGCGAGCGUCUGUCCGGGAUGCGCCCGACGCUAAACCAACAGUCGCGAGCCCGGCCGCCGUCAAAGGCGAUGUGCUUCACGAAGAUAUAUACACGAUCCCGAAUUUCCUGACGCUCACGCGACUCAUCGCCGCUCCCGUCGUCGGCUACCUGGUCCUCCACGACGCACAUGCCUGGGCCGUGGGCCUCUUUGCCUAUGCCGGCGUGACCGACCUUCUCGAUGGCUGGAUUGCGAGACGCUGGAACCGCAAAACCGUUGUCGGGACAGUCAUCGACCCCAUGGCGGACAAGGCCCUGAUGACCAUCUUGACCGUCUGCCUCGCCAUUAAGGGUGCCCUGCCUCUCUGGGUGGCGACCAUCAUUCUAGGAAGAGAUGUUGGGCUCGGCAUAGCCGCCAUCUACUACCGCUGGAUCUCGCUGCCGCCGCCCAAGACGUUUGCGCGGUACUGGGACUUCUCCUUGCCGUCUGCCGAGGUGCGUCCGACCACCAUCAGCAAGUACAACACCUUCCUUCAGCUAGCGCUUGUCGGUCUGACGACCGCGGCGCCCCUUGUGAGCGCCGACAUGACGCCGGCCCUCACACUUCUGCAGUACGUGCUCGGCCCCCGCGACCUCCAUCUUUCUUGCUUUCCGUACGUCGUGGCAGCAACCACGGUGUGGAGCGGCGCGAGCUAUGUCUACAGCAAAGACGCGGUGAAGAUUCUUAAAUAG